GGAAGCGGAAGCGCGCAUAACAGCCGAACUUUGUGAUUGCGAAAUUUUUGAGUUUGCCUUUGUUUUUGUUUUUGUACACUUAAAUCGCGGGGGAAGACGAUGUAUCUCUAGUCACAACGACGGUUGAAUUCGUUUGUGUAUUUUUAAAAUGACCAAAGAGAAGCGACACCGGAGGAGGGAGUCUCCGGAGCGGGAGUCCAAAGUGAAGAUAAAGCAGGAGACACUGAGCCCGGUUAGGCCACAGACAUCCCGCCGCUCGAGGUCGAGAUCCAGCGGCAACUCGAGUCCACAGAGGAGAAGAGCGAGCAGGUCACCCGCCAGGACUAGGGACCGCUCGCCAGGUAGACGAGAGACCUCUCCCGCCAGACGAGGCAGCAGAUCGCCCAGGAACAGAAGAAGUCCACAUCGUGGUGCAGAUGUCAAAAUAAAGCGGGAGCGAGAGGAGCAUCGGGCUAGUGGUGAUGAGCGGAGGAGAAGAAAUGACCAGCCAGAGGAGAGGCGGAGCAGGUGGGAAUCAGACAGACCACGGGAGAGAGACCGUGGCGGAGACAGACCGAGAGAAAGAGGCGCGUUUGCCCCCCAACAAGCCGAGAGACAGCGGCAUGAUGAGCGGCGUAGGGAAAACCGUCAGCGGCGUGAAGAAAACCAGGAAGAGGAUUUCGGUCGGUCUGAAGGAGGGAGUGACGACACAAAUGAACCUCCUGCCGACAAAGAGAAGCCCAACUUUGAAUUGUCGGGGGCACUGACAGAAGAUACAAACACGUUCCGGGGGGUGGUGAUCAAGUACAACGAGCCACCCGAGGCUCGCAUUCCCAAGCGCAGAUGGCGACUGUACCCUUUCAAGAAUGAUGAACCUCUUCCAGUCAUGUACAUUCACAGACAGAGUGCCUAUUUGUUGGGGCGUCAGAGAAAAAUCGCUGAUAUCCCCAUUGACCACCCAUCCUGCUCCAAGCAACAUGCAGUAUUCCAGUAUAGACUGGUGGCGUUUACACGUGCAGACGGCACGCCUGGCCGCAGGGUAAGGCCAUACAUCAUUGACCUGGGUUCUGGCAACGGCACCUACCUGAACAACCAGCGCAUAGAUCCCCAGCGCUAUUACGAGCUCAAAGAAAAAGACGUUAUCAAGUUUGGCUUCAGCAGCCGCGAGUACGUCCUCCUGCACGAGUUCUCAGACACAGCCGAGGUGGACGCCAAGCAGGAAGAGGAAGAGGACGACGAGGGCCUCGAUGAGUAAAUCGUUCCCAUAGACUGUGUUGCCCAAGUUCAUUCAGGUUAGAUAACAUCAUCAUUAGUGUUAAUCAAAUAGUUGUUUCUACAGGGAAUGGAACAAUUAAUUGAACUGGUAAAUGUGGGACUUCAUUUAAAAUAAUGGAACAAGGCUGGUUUGUAUAUUCUGUAAUUACCGAACUAUUGCUUAAACCUGCCACAACUGUCUCACAGAAGACUUCCUAUUCUCAGGUUGAUUGUGUAAUGUCCGUGUGAUGCAUGACUGAUCUCACAUCCGACAGUGCUCACCAUACAAAGUGCUUGGUGCCAGAUAAAGAUAUCUUGCCGAAGUACAAUAGUUCAUUAUAUAUUUUUGGAUCACAGCACAGAGUACAAAGUUUAGCUGAAGACUGAUGUCUUGUCUAUGUCCAGACUAUAUGUGUCAAUGUACAUGAUACGUGGAAUGUGAACUCUAGAGUUAUGUUUAAUAAGCAUCGCUUAUUGUCAGAGUAAAACGUUACAGACAUACGACUUGUAAUGAUAUUGCCUUUUUUGCUUUGUAGUGCAGGGAAAAUAGUUGGUGCUGUUGUGAGUUUCCUUGCACCAACGCUGUGUGUAUUUAAAGACUUCCCCUUUUAUUUUUGUCUGCUCUGAAUCCCACAGCAUUCAUAGCAAAUUUCCAUUUAUGUACUGUAAAUAAAGACAGUGAAAAUUUG